UACGAAUUCACGCGUCAUUUGUACACUUUCUCUUUUUAAACCUCUGAAAAAAAUCACAACUAUAGUUCAAAAUGUCCCGUAAAAACCUUAAAAACGGUUGGAGCAGAAAGAAACAAAGAGAUUUCCGGGUUGUUCGUAGCCCCACCCCUUUAGUGAAACGCCGGCCGGUCAUUAGUCGGACAUAUGCAGCGCGCCUCUCUGAUUGGCUGCGGGCCCCGUCAGUCAACUCUGUUGUUUCCCAGCGGCAGGAGGAGGAGCAGUGACUGUGACAGUGGACGGAGCUGAUUGACGCUGCGCUGUGGUGAGUGUGUGUCUGUGUGUGUGUGUGUGUGUGUCUGUGUGUGAUGAGCCACUGUUUUAUGGAUAAACACAACAAUUAACCACAGCGGAGAAGAGCGUAUGAAGGAGGAGAAGAUGAAUGUGGAGGCUCUGAGCAGAGCGGAGCUGCUGACUCUCCUCACUAUCCUGGAGGGAGAGCUGGAGGCCCAGGAUGUGGUCAUACACGCCCUGAGGGCUCAGCACAGAGACUCCUUCGUCCAGGAGCGUUACGGCCACUACGACCUCAGCGACCCUUUCCUAGCGCUGCAGCGGGACAGCGAGGCGGAGGAGCGCCAGAGCACGGUGGAUCAGCGCGGCUCCGGUCGCCCGCAGAGCCAGGCGGCGGGUCCGAACCCUCUGGCCGUCCUCAAGCUGGUCAUGGCUCACUGCAAGAGGAUGCAGGAGAGGAUGCUGGGACAGCUGGCGGCUGCAGAGAGCAGACACAGGCGGGUGAUCGCUGACCUGGAGGAGGAGAGGCGGCGCUGCGUCCAGGACUCGGCGCAGAGCGACCACUUCGCCGCCAUGAUGCAGACAGAGAGAGACACGCUGCUGCAGCAGUUGGAGGCGGAGCGUGCGGCCGUGCGGCGGCUGGAGGAGGAGCAGGAGCAGCACAUGACCAAGGUGGAGGAGUCGCUGUCGCAGCAGCAGCAGCUCUCCUCCGCUCUGACCCUGGAGCUCCAGAGGACCAGCGGUCAGGCCGAGGAGGAGGCGCAGAGGGUCUCCCAGCUCCGCGCUCUGCUCCAGGAGGAGAACGUGGAGCUGGAGAAGCUCCGGGAGGUUCUGGAGGACGAGAGGAGCAGAGCGGCUCAGCUGGAGGCGCGAACGGAGGCGCAGCUGGCUGAGUUUGACGCGGAACGGCAGCGGAUGAAAGCCAGGAUCCGCAAAGAGGAGGAGAGGAGCAGGGAGCUGGAGAGGCAGGUGGAGGAGUUGAGGAAGAGGUUGUCUGAACCUGAGGGAGGAAAAGAAGAGGUGAAGGUGAUGUCCACCUCUGUGCAGACUGUUCCUGACGGGAAAAGCGCUCCCAGAUCCACGUCUUUAUCCAAGGUCAACGGUCACAGAGAGAGCGAGUGGUCGCAGGGAGCAGAGAACGGCGCGGUGUUCGACAGCGGUGGAGGAGGAGCUUUGCAUUCCCCACUUCACCCUCACCCUCACUCCCCCUCCAGCACGGCCUCCUCUUCCCUCUCCUCCUCCCCCAUUUCCUCCCCCGUCCUUGCCAAGCGCCUGAGCAGCCCGGGCUUCCAUCAGUCCUCGUACCAGGCCGGAGUCAACCAGAGAUUCCAAGCGGCGCGGCACAAGUUCCAGAGCCAGGCGGAGCUGGAGCAGCAGCAGCACGGCGGCCCCCUCUCCCCCAGAGACCUCUCCCCCACCGCCGCCUUCGUUCCUCCCCCACCAGAGCACAACACGGCCAAACAGCUGGCCCGCAACACCGUCACUCAGGUUCUGUCCCGCUUCACCAGCCAUCAGGCCGGAGUAAAGCUGGCGCCGAUCAGCAGCUCUCCCUUCGGUACAGACUACCGCAGUCUCGCAGCGACCCCUCCUGGAGGGAGGUCGCCGUCUUUGGGGCCGCUGUCUCCGGGCGUCCGCUCCCCGCUCAGUCCCCGCUCAGACAGGACCCACCCCCCUCCUCCUCCCACCGCCCCCAAGAAGCCAGGAAUGAGUCCAACCCCGGGUUCCCCGAGUCACUCCGCUCGCACCAGCCUCUUCCCGGAGCUGACGGGAAACUGCGGACACGGCAGCCAGGAGGGGGCCAAGGAACCGGACCUGGUUCUGUCUUCCAGCAGCUAACGGCUGAAACGCAGCGUCUACAUCUGUCGUCUUCAGGACUUUAACAACAAACAUGCCACACUGCAGGAAGGAGGCGGGGCCGGGAAGACGACGCGACAACAAGAGGACGAUCGGAGAAUCUCAAAGAAGCUAAAAAUCUUCAUUUCUGUCUUUGUGUGAUCCCGGGACUCAAGGACCAGGAUCAAACCCAGACUACAAAACAUCGUCUUUCACACAGAAAUGAGUGAAAGCGUUUCCCGUCACAGAAGGAAACGACUCCGGCGUCUCUUCCUGUCUCUUCACACGCUAACCAAACGUCCUGUUGUUUGAUUUCAGUCCAAAUAUGUGGGAUCAGCAGGGGGCAGUAGUGUGCAGAAAAUAUGGGUGAAACUAAAGCACAACAUGGUGACGUCGCUAACACGUGGAUGAUGUAAUAGAAAGAGUCAAUUUAACACCAACUCUUAUUUGGACAGGAUGGAACCAGGACUUGUGUCAAAUUGAGCUCAUUUAGCGUUAAAAUAAAGAGUUGAACAGAAAGUGUUAAAUUGACUCUUUUUGUCUUAAGACUGUUUUACGAGAAGAAACGUUAACGCUGUUAGAUUUACUGUGGAGACGCGAGGACGACCUCAACAACGUCUCCUGCACUCAGUGCCGAUUUAAACGCCAUAAAACUAGCGUGAAAAUCCACUGAUGCAACAAGGGCGGACUCGUGCGACUGCACCGCGCCGAUACAGUCCCGCUCUGUUGCGCCGCUACCUCAACACCACAAGUGGAAAGGAUUAAAAACUCGCCCGUCUUUUUAAUAUUUGUGAAUUUAAAAUUCUAGAAUUUAUUUAUCGCGGUUAUUUUACACUUUAACCUUCUUUUAUAUGAAUUGUUGACUUUUUAUAGGUUCUUUUAAAGGGAUAGUGGAUGUUUUGUUUUUUUAAGUGAGUUCACUGCUUGGUGUUAAACAAAGAUUUAAACACCAUUAAAGACCUUAUUAAUUAUCUUAUUAUUUAACACGUUAAACUCAUAGAAAUCACUACUUUCCUUAAAUAACCUCAAAAACGUGAAUAUAAAGGAAUUAAUCAGGCAACGUCACCCCUGAACCCCUGAGACAAUGGUAUCUUCCAUCAUGUGUGAGUGAUUGCUGAGGCCAAAGACACAUGACUCUGUUUCUAACUGAAAAGUUAAAAAACGUCGCACGCGGCCGAGUUAGCACCGACAGCAGCUGACUUUAGCGGAGCGGCUCCUUCUGAAAAUGAGUCCUACAGAGACGAGGCAACAACCUAGCCUCGCGCUCUCAGGUACAUUUUAUAUUUUUGUACACAACUUCUGUAUUGGCUGUUUAUGCUGACUAGCCAAGUAAGCUAACAAGCAUGGCCCGGUGACAUUAGCUUCUCACUGGGGCCAACAGAGACAAGGCAAGAACUUAGCAUUCCAGGCUAUGCUAACACAUGAGUGACACCCACAGUGAUUGACAAGUGCUCAAUAGCUUAAUGCUAUGAGUGCACAUUUUAUGUUUUUGUACACGGAAGCUCUCACACAUUAGCUGUCAUUAGCACAGUAAGCUAGCAGGCGUGGCCUUUUACAGCUGAAGUUAGCGCGGUUUCUACUGAAGUUAACGUCGUUUACAGGUUUUUUUUUCUUUGAUGUGAUAUUUUUACAUUUUUGACAAAUUUAUGGCAGACACUGAAAGUCCUUAGCAUUUUAAAAAUGCCUGGCUAAACACGUGUACAAAGGAUUGUGGGUAAAACCUUGUUGAAAACCUAAUUUGAGUUUAAGGAAAAACCUCACGUGUCAGUCCCUUAAGCACACUUAAAAACAACUUUAAUGCUUAAACUGCCAGAUGUGUUGGAAUUAAAAACUGUGUAGCUAGAAGGGCUAAAAAAAUAAAUUUAAAGGUUCAGUGUGUCAAAUUUAUGUAUGUCGGAGAAACUGCGUAGCCUUCACUUAGCAUCAUAACUCGAGGGAUGUUUACGGUGCGUUCCAUUUUGUAGUCAGAACCUGGAAUUUCCGAGGUCGUGGGGCCGUUCCUUACCUGCGACGUGGGAUUCUAAGAUGGCUGUUUCGUGUGCGUGAAACGCCACGUCGAGCGCUGGUAUCGCGGUGAACUUGCGUAUUUGUCGUACAUAAAAAGUUUACAUACGUCAAUCUAACGGCGUCUAUCAGAAAAAUCCCGUCUGACGCUCGAGUCGUGUUCGGCGUGAACGCAGCAUAACUUUCCGACUUCUGAUGUAAAUGAAACCCUCGGCGCUAGUUUGUCCGUUGUGGGCUACUGUAAAAAAUCAAUUGAUGAUUUCACCUUAAAUUUAACACACUGGACUUUUAGUUAUUUAUUUCUUAUGCAGCUUUUGUGGCUGUAAAAUCUGUUAAUUAACUUAAAUGAAAACAACCACAUGCAUGUUCUUUUUCUUUUCUUCUUUUUCUUUUGUCGACUCAUCGUGAAAACACUGAACCUUUUGCACUACGUUGACUGUAAACACACUGUAUGUUUUAAAAAAAACUCAAAUUUCACACAUUUUAUUCAGGGAAGAUUUGUUUCUGCUUCACUCAAACCCCAGGUUUGAAUCCUGCUACUGUAAACGUCCAACAGUUUGACGUCGUCUCGUCCUAACAAAUGUUAAAAACAAAAAAAAAAAAUCAUUUUUUAUUUUAUUUUCUAUCUUAAAAAAGAAUUCAUGGAAAUCGAACGAUGCCAGUUUAAAUCUGUAAAUCUGUGUUUUAUAGUAAAUCUGCAUAUCAUGAACACCUGUGACACCUAGUGGCAUUUUGAAUAAAUGACUUUUGCCUUCAUGAUUAA